AUUCGGGAGGAAAGGGGAUUGUUUAUUUGACAUUUUUAGGGGGAUUAAUUGAUUGCGGCCGUGAUUUUUGGUUCUAUAUAUUAUCCAUAAGAAAAUAAGUUUAUUAUUUCGUAUUCAUAGCGAUGAUUUAACGCCGUGUCGGCAAAUAUAACUAAGUUAUCGCUAGAAUCUGGCAACGAUUUCGAUGUCAGCCUGCGAGCGUGAUAGACUCGGUAGCGAGGCAGUUGACAUAAGGGGUACAGUUGGUUUUGGUCCUGGAGUGAAUAUUUCGCGCUGGAAUAACGAUGGGUCUCCUUUCCCUGCUGAGGAAGCUGAAAUCGGCGCCCGACCAGGAGCUGAGGAUCCUCCUCCUAGGCCUAGACAACGCGGGGAAGACGACGCUCCUGAAGAAGCUGGCUUCGGAGGACAUCACCCAGACGACGCCGACGCAGGGAUUCAAUAUCAAGUCCGUCCAGUCUGACGGGUUCAAGCUGAACGUCUGGGACAUCGGCGGGCAGAGGAAGAUUCGGCCAUAUUGGAGGAACUACUUCGAGAACACGGAUGUCCUGAUCUAUGUGAUUGACAGCGGAGACCGGAAACGCUUCGAAGAAACUGGCCAGGAACUGGGAGAGAUCUUGAGCGAGGAAAAAUUGGCAGGCGUUCCUGUUCUGAUAUUUGCCAACAAGCAGGACCUUUUCAAUGCAGCGCCGGCCUCGGAGAUAGCAGAGGGUCUGCAAUUGCACACCAUUCGCGACAGAACAUGGCAGAUACAGGCUUGCUCUGCAACUUCUGGUGAAGGCGUGAAGGAUGGCUUAGACUGGGUCUGCAAAAAUCUCAAGAAGAAUUGAGGUAGUCUUGCCACCAUAGGCCUAUAACAAGAAAUGCAAUCCGUCCCAGGAGCUGCCGAUGACGUCACGCAACACAGGGUCUGAAAAAAAAUUAUAUAUAUAAUUGUUCUUCGGGUUUUACAUAUCAAAUGAUUCUCUGUAUACACAGUUGUCUGACAUAUUUUGGGGAGUGAUUUUUUAUUUGUCAAAUUUUCUUGCCGUCUUCGUGAUGUAUGGUUACCAGAAGGAGUUGCAGGGUGUCCAUAAAGCCCCAGUACCAUUACUAGUAUUUAUAGCUUGUAAUGGUACUGGGAAUUUAUGGACACCCUCUAUGUAUAGAUCGUCUUGAAACAGAGGCCUUGUCAAACAAAAUGUCUGCAGGUUUACUUAUAAGGCACAUUUCCACAAAAAAAAUGUCAUUUCAAUCAUAUGUCCCGUUUUGAAAUGUCCGUCCUCGAUAUACAUAUCACUUUAAAAUAUCCUUCUUCUCAAAUUAUUAAGCUGAAGUAUUUAAAUAAUCGUCCAAUCGUCAGCCUUGGCCUGAACGAGAGCAUGUGUCCUCAAUAGGUCUAAUUUUAUGGGCAAAUUCUCGCUUUAUAAAGCACUACUAUGGUAGCCACUUCGCGAAGACGGCAUCUACGUACUGUACAUAUCAUUGAAGAACUGUAUAUGUGUCCAUUUUCCCACAUCUUGUAAGAAAAAAAGUAUUUGUAAAUCACUGCGUUAUUACAUAUUUCGUUGUAGUAAAAAAGAAAAAAAAGGGUGGGGGGAAUCAUGGGCGCACAGCUUUCAAAAUGACGCAACAAAAGACAAACAAAGCAGAAUGGUGAAUCUUACUGGUAUUUAUGUCACCCACAGUUUUCAGUGAGUCAGAAAAUGCACCUU